GGCCGGUAGCUCCGCCGCUGCCUCCUCCGCGCCCCGCCUGGGACGUGACCGCCGCCGCCCGGCCGCGGCUCGGCCCCGGGGCUGCCCGCAAUGGAGGCUCCAUAUGAUGGCACCGAAGUAACUGUGGUAAUGGAGGAAAUAGAAGGCACCUACACUUACGCAUCACCAGUGCCGUCUAAGAAGAAAAAGAAAUACAAAAGUUCUGGAGAUCAUGGGGAAAAAGCCAAAAAACCUAGAUCUGCUUACCUCCUCUACUAUUAUGAUAUAUACUUGAAAGUACAACAAGAGCUGCGCCACCUCCCUCAGUCUGAGAUCAACAAAAAGAUCAGUGAGAGCUGGAGGUUACUCAGUGUGGCUGAAAAAAGCUAUUACUUGGAGAAAGCCAAGCUCGAGAAGGAAGGAUUGGACCCGAACUCCAAGGUGUCCACUCGGACUGCGGUAGUUCCAGACGUUCCAGGUUUCCGUAAGAUUCUUCCCCGCUCAGAUUAUAUUAUUAUUCCUAAAACUACUCUUCAGGAGGACAGGAGCAGGCAGUCGCUGGAACUUUGUGUGGCACAGGGUCAGGCAGCAUCUGAAGGGUUAACGGCUUCCACCAACAUCACAAAUGUCUCCCAUGAUGCUGUACAAAACAUCCUUUCUGUGGACUCGAGCCACGUUGGCAUUUCCGAGCAGUGCAUUGCCAUUGAAGGACUAGCAGAAGAGACGACUUCAUUUUGUCAGUCAGAUGCUGUGGAAGAAGUUGUUGCGUCAGAGGUCCUCUCGCAGUACGUUGGGCCUGUGACAGAUAAAGUGGCUGGGGAUGUCCUCUUGGAUGAGGCUUCUUUGGAAAUAGAAGGGCAACCGUAUCAAACAACUCGGGUAGUUAUUGAAGAGACUCUAGUUAGCAACUCCACAGACAUCUCCAGCGGGAGCACGGCAAUGGCCCGUCCUCAGGUUUCAGAUGGCCUGUCUGUAGUGACGGUGAUGACUGGGAGGGAUACAGAAGAGAACAGCUCCUCCACACCCACUACACAAUUUAUUAUGUUGCCUUUGCCAGCUCAUUCUGUUGUGGAGAACCCAGCGUCGAUUAAAUUGACAACAACCUACACUCGCAGGGGACAUGGAAAUUGCACCAAUCCUGGCUGUUCUUUCACUUAUGUCACCAGGCAUAAACCACCAAAAUGCCCAACAUGUGGGAACUUCCUAGGAGGGAAGUGGAUCCCAAAGGAAAAGCAACCAAAAAGUAAAUCUGAGCCAAAUUCAGGCACCUCUGUUAGAACUCCGGCAGCUAAAAGAGGUCAACAGAUGGUUGUCACAGAACAGGCAACUGUUUGCGAGAAUACCUCCAAGUCUGCCUUGGAAAGCUCUGAAGCUGUCAGCCAGCUACUGAAUGCUGUGCCUGUUGGAGGGCAAAUGCAGGAGACGGAGUGGGAGGAAGUGAUCAUCUCUGAGGCUCACAUUCUUGCAAACAGUGUGCUUGCUGAAGACAGAGGGAGUGUUGUUGGAGUGAUGCUGAGCCAAGAGAGCCAACUGCAAAAAGAGUCUUGUUCGGAGCAGUCUGAAAAAGAUGGCAUAAGGCUGGGGCUACCACCGUCCUCUGAGGUGCAGAGUCCAAAUUCCUUUACGAAAAAAACAGUGGGAAUUGAUGCUCCAGCUGCUUCACACAAAGGACAAGAAGUAAAGAGUAAACUGAGACCUAAGCCCUCCUUGCUGGCUGCAGCAAGACCCAUGAGAGCAAUUCUCCCUGCACCAGCCAGCUUGGGGAAAGAAGCCAGUACUGAGCAUCCUAGCAACAGACAGGCCUUUCCAAAUACUGACAAGCAUUCCCCUCUGAGAACAUCAGGCCUGAAGCCCAGUACACUGAAACAGCUGGGUCAGUCAAUUCUGCAGCCACCAAGUACUGAGGAACGAAAGCUCCAUAGUGCUUUGACCAGUAGGGCAUCACAGGUUAAAGUGGUGGAGGUCAAACCAGAGCUAUUCCCUUCCUACAAGUACAGUUGCACCGUAACUUUGGAUUUGGGAUUGGCAACAUCACGUGGCAGAGGGAAAUGCAAGAAUCCCUCUUGUAGUUAUGUGUAUACAAACAGGCACAAGCCACGGAUCUGUCCAAGCUGUGGCUACAAUCUUGCCAAAGAUAGAGCUGAGAAAACAGCAAAAUCCCUGGAGGUCAAUCCAGGUCAGUCUGUGCUGAACACCACUGAGCCCCUAACCCCAUCCCAGAAAGAGAUUCAGCGUCAAUCCACUCUGCAGUUGCUGCGCAAGGUAAUGCAGAUUCCAGAGAAUGAAUCAGAACUGGCUGAGGUCUUCACGCUCAUCCAUGAACUCAACAGCUCGCGGCUCAUCUUGUCCAACGUGAGUGAGGAGACAGUCACCAUAGAGCAGACCUCCUGGUCAAACUACUAUGAGUCUCCAUCUGCGCAGUGCCUCCUCUGUAACAGCCCAUUGUUCAAAGGGGGACAGAAUUCCCUUGCUGGUCCUCAGGAGUGCUGGCUGCUGACGGCUAAUAGGUUGCAAGUUGUUACUGCUCAGGUCAAAGUGUGUUUGAAUCUGCAGUGCCUGGCCCUUCAUAGCUUCACUGAUAUUUACACAGGCCUUUUCAAUGUAGGCAACAAGUUGCUGGUGAGCUUGGAUCUUCUAUUUGCAAUUCGAAACAACAUUAAACUUGGAGAGGAUCCCAAAGUGGCUGUUGGCAGCAUUCUGGACUCUGUUCAGGAGCAAACUGAAAAAAGCUUGAGUCCUGAUGAGCAAACUCAGCUCCAGGAGCUGCUAUGCAAUGGCUACUGGGCCUUUGAAUGCCUCACUGUCCGGGACUACAAUGAUAUGAUCUGUGGAAUCUGUGGCAUAACCCCCAAGGUGGAAAUAGCCCAGAGGAAUGUGGAAAAUGUUCUGGCCCUGAAAAGCAUAGAGUUUACUUGGCCAGAAUUUUUGGCAUCAAGUGAAGUGAAUGUAGAAGAUUUCUGGUCCACAAUGGAGACGGAAGUGAUUGAGCAGGUGGCUUUUCCCUCUAGCCUCCCCAUUACAAAGUUUGAUGCCUCUAUUAUUGCUCCUUUCUUCCCCCCACUGAUGCGAGGAGCUGUGGUGGUCAAUACUGAGAAGGACAAGAACCUGGAUGCACAGCCAGUGCCAGGUAAUGGGAGUGCCUUGGUGAGACUUCUGCAGGAGGAAACUUUAAGGCUUGAGCUUAUCAGCUCUUACAGCAAAGAAGAGCUGCAGAGCUUUUUAACACAAUGUGGCAUUCCCUGGGAGGCUUCAGAUACAAAGGACCAUCUCUGUUACUCUCUCCUGGCUCUCUAUGACUUUGUACAGAAUGGGACAAGCAUGAAGCAAGCCUCUGCCCAUCACACAGGAGGGAAAAUUUAUAAAGUGUGUCCACAUCAGGUUGUGUGUGGCUCAAAGUACAUAGUAAGAGGAGAAAAUGCCCGGGAUCAUGUGGACCUGUUGGUCUCCUCGCGCCACUGGCCUCCAGUGUAUGUAGUAGAUACGGCCUCUUCAGUGGCACUGUGUGCAGAUGUCUGUUGUCCUGACCUGACUUCCCAGAUGUGGGGGAAAAACCAGGGCUGCUUCUCUGACCCUAUGGAUCCUCCAACGUAUGUGUCCUGCCCUGAACUGCUAGACCAGCACUACAGCGUAGACAUGACUGUGGCUGAGCACUCUGUUCAGCACCCAAUCACCAAGUCGUCAGCACGCCGAAUUGUUCACCUGGGUUCAGAGCAGAACAGCCACCAAGAUCCAACAGCUCGGCAUCACUGCAUCUCCCUUUGCCGAGAGCUGGAGCCUUACAGUGCUAUCAUUGCUGCUAUCAACGAUAGCAAAACUAGCAACAUCCGCCAGAGGCCCAUCACCUUUGAGAACGCCACACACUAUUACCUCUACAACCGCCUCAUGGACUUCCUCACCAGCAGGGAGAUUGUGAAUCGGCAGAUCCAGGAGAUUGUACAGAGCUGCCAGCCUGGUGAGGUGGUAAUUCGUGAUGCUCUCUACCGGCUUGGAGUGGCCCAGAUUAAAACUGAAACAGAAGAGGAUGAAGAGGAGAACCAGAAAGAAGAUAAAGAGGCUGCUGAAUAAAAAACCAGCUUGUUGGUUUCUCUUUCUGGUCAUCCAGAUGGGUGGGCUCGGCCAUGUUGUGCAGGGUUUGCGCAGCUGCCAGGCUUGAGAAUUUAUUUUUACAAGUUGGAGAUGUGAUACUGAUGGCUUUGACUGCUGUUACUGACCAAAGAGCUGUGUGCUUCCAGAGUAUCACAACUGCUGCUUUGAGCAUGGGUCUGUUACCACCUUGCUGAAGGCUGCAGUUCCCUCCUAAGGUGUGUGAUGGACCCACUGUUCGGUCAUAUGAGGUGUUGCCCUCCCUGCAGUUGGAGAGCGAAGAAGGGAGAGGCAUUUCUGGUAGCUGAGAGUAUGCAUUGUCAAGUGCACGGGUUUUUAAUUCUGAAUCUUGCUUACUGACCUCCUUGUGCAAAUUGGUGCAGAUUUGGGGGUGUGGGAGCAGGCCUGGAAGGAGGUCAAAUAGCCAAGAAAUAUUUUCCCCAAAACAUUCUGAAUGGAUUGGUUUAGGACACUUACUCUUGCUUGGAAAUUUUAUAGGGCUCUUGUUAUGUAUUGGCUGCAUUCAAUGUUUAGUUGAGGAGAGGUGCCCAUGCAGCCUUACUGCGCCAUAUCUGGGGAGCCUCACUGGCAGCUGCAGUUCUGGAUCCAGGAUUGUAGGUACUUGGGCUGCAGAGAGCUUGUUGGGUUGUUUGUCCCUUCAUAUGAGCGCUAAUUGAGAAGCUGAAACACUUAGUGAAGGUCCUUAUAUAUGUUAAAGUUGACCUAGUAAGCCCUAUGGGAAACAGAUUUAUCUUAGAGCUGUAGAAGUGCUGUAUAAGGUAAUAGCUGAAACAGGAAGGGUGUUUAAUUUCCAUGCUGUCUUCUUGGGCACUUUACUUUUUUUCUGCAAUUUCAUUCUAUUCAAGGACUAGAGUUUGCUUAUUCUGCUAUUAAGAGCUGAAUCACAAGGAUUGUCUGCGGCAGUAAGAAGAAACAAAGAAUGCAGUGUAACCAGAGAGGCCUGAGCAGAGUUGUGUAGCCCUCCCUUGAAGGGAGCACUGGGAGAGCUACUCCACUUUUGCAGUCUUAGCACUCUGUCAAGCAUCGUAUUUGCCCGACCGGUGGCCACACAGCUCUGUGCAAGUUAGCUGAGUCUCUUGCUGUCCAGGUAGUUUCCUCUGCUCCUUUAGAGGAGUCCUGUUAAGAGCUCUGCCCCUACAGUUUAUCUAAUGAACACCUUAGGUGCUAUCUGUGAAGCUACUUGUGUUGUCUGCUGUCAGCUCCCUUUUGCUAUUGCUGGCAAUGAAUCUGAAGGUGGAUGUUUGCGGGGGGCCCAGAGAAGAGACGAGUGGGGAUGCUAGAUUGCUAAAUUGCCAUCCAGGAUAUUUAUUUUGUUUGUGUGAGCAGUGGGGAAGAUUCAGAGGCUUGUGGUGUGGUUGAAAACUCCCUUCUGUGAAGGGGAACCUAUUGAGUACCGUACUGUAAAAGUAAAUGUAUUAAGUCUGAGCAAAUGCAGUAAUUAUGGCUUGGGGUUUUUCUGUUAAGAACAUUAACUUAUUAUGAGAGACAUUAGUGACUUUUUUCAGUCAGUGAUAAAGUUUAAUAAAUUAUCUCCAAUUUUUGGGGUGAAACUGUGGCCAAGUGAGUUGUUUCUGGUGUACAAGACCUGGAGAAUCACAGUGGGAAAGGGCACAAACAUUUUGUGUGUAAACCAUGAUUCCAGGCUGCACUGGCAUGAGUGGACACGUUCCUUUUAUGACAGUGGGGAAAAUGAUGGGAAGGGGAUGUGUGCCUGAUAUUCUCAGGAACAAUCUGUUCUGAGAGGAAAAGGCUGCAAACUUCCUUGAGCUCCUCACCAAAGUGUCAAAUGCAGUCUUCCACAAUACAGUUAUUCUUUUCAGUGCAGCCAAGGUGUUGUUCUUUAUAUACAGCAAGAAAGCAGCUUCUGCAGUCAGCAUGAUCCCUUCUAGGGUUGUUUGUUUUGAUUUUUUUUUUUUUUGAAUUUAUUUUAGAGGCUUCUUGGUUCUGUCAGGGCUUCUCUGGUGCAGACAGCUUAUAAUAAAUCUCAGGAUCCAGAA